AUGGUAGACUCAUCUAGUUCGGCUGCCGCUCCUGGAGCCGGAAAGCCUCAGGUGCCCCCAAAGCCGCCAAACCCGGUCUUCAAAAUGAUGGGCUUGCCCAACCUCCGUUUCAGAUUGCCCUCCCGGAACUGGAUGAUUUUCUGGACCAUCACCGGAUCAUUUGCCAGUGCGAUCAUUUACGACCGACGAGAGAAGCGCCGCGCGCAGCAAAAGUGGUGUGAACUCGUGGCUCACAUUGCAAAGGAGCCAUUGGAAGUGGAACAGAUGCGCCGCAAAUUGACCGUUUACCUUGCAGCCCCGCCGGGUGAUGGAUUGCGAGUCGCUCGGGAUCAUUUCAAGGAGUAUGUCAAGCCGAUCUUGACGGCGGCCGCGUUGGACUAUACCGUGAUCGAGGGCCGUCGCGAGGGAGAUGUGCGCGCUGGAGCCGCGGAGCAUAUUCGCAAACUCAGGAGAAAGGCCGGCGAGCCAAGUACAGUCGUCGAAGAACCUAGCGUCGAAGCGGCUGUUCUCGAUAUGCGUGAACGUAUUGGUGUGAAAGACGAACCCGCUCCCAAGGGCGAUCUCGUGAUCGGUCGACACACCUGGAAGGAAUACGUGCGUGGAUUGCAUGAAGGUUGGCUGGGUCCGUUGGACCCGCCGGCGGCACCAGUCGAUCACUCUGUCCAGGAGAAUGCAGAGGAGACCAUGAAGGAUGUUGCCGCUGGCGACCAGCCUGAACCGACUGACCAGCAGGGGGUUUCUGUGACGAAGCUCGACGACAUCAAGAUUGACGAGGACAAGACCGAUGAGCCGAAGGCCGAGGAGAAGAAGCAGGAAGACAAGCCUUCGAAGCCCGCUGGUCGCGCAGACGCCUACAUCACCACCGCCGAUUAUCCUUCAGCACACCUUCCCCCUACUCUCCCCCAAUCCUUUGACAGCUCUAUCCCCAUCGAAUUUCCCCAUAUUCUCGGCUUCUUGAACACUCCUAUCCGCAUGUACCGCUACCUUACACAACGUUACCUCGCCGAGAGCAUUGGUCGCGAGGUUGCUGGCAUUGUCCUUGCCUCGGCAGCGAGACCCUAUCGCCAUGAGUCCUUCAGCAUUGAUUCGGAGCUCAGUGAAGUCUCCGUUGACUCCAGUGCACCCCUGGAUGGCCCCAUUGGUGAGCUGCCCCGCGGAAAGUACGAGCAGCAGGCUGUACUGGAGGGCGAAGAGAAGGAGUGGCACAAGUCUGUCCACAAGCGUGAUGAGGAUGACAAGGAGCGCGUGUGGCUCGACGACAUUGUGUUGGAUCCGCGUAUUGCCGCUCGUAUGAAGCACUCUGUCCUGUCGCCAGAAGACGAGGCUCGCUCCAAACGGAUCGCUGAGCAAAAGGAGUACAUCCUCGGUGAAGAACGGCCGGCGCCCGUCCCCUUUUGGAAGCGCAUGUGGAUCAACUACGGAUAUGGCGAGGAUGAGGAAACUAUCCGUCGCAAAUCCAUCCUGGGUAACAUUGAUGGCGAGGAGGGUGCUUGA